AUGCCACUUACUUCAUCCACUUCUAAAGUCUUGGUGCUUGCGCUUGCCUGCGUGGAGAUUGCCUCCGCAAAAGUCUACAACUGCCCUGGUGCUCUCAAUGUCAAUGUGGUCGACGACAAGACUAUGGGCUCCUGCUGCAUUGGCUCUAACGACGACUCAUGCGACGUGACCAUUCCAGUCACUGCCGCCAACUAUGAUGCUCUUGUUUCGAGCGCCAGCUCCAAGUAUCUGAAUAAUAUCAACAUCAGUAACGGUGGUAACGGUGGAAACGGUGGCAACGGCGGCAAUGGGGGCAAUGGGGGUAGCGAUAUCUACAUCAGCAACGGAGGUAAUGGGGGCAGUGGUAUCUACAUCAGCAAUGGGGGUAGCGGUGGUGCGCCUGGAGCUCCUGGAGCUCCAGCAUCAACUGAAGCAACUACCACAAGCAAAUCGAGUCAGACCACUACUACUCUCUCGUCUCAGAGUACCAAUACCGCCAGCUCAUCUGGCUCCUCCGCCAGGCCCGCCGCGGCUUCAACGGCCGCAUUUACCACUGUUACUUCAUCGGGCGGAUCUACUGUUACUGUCACUUCGUCGACUAAGACUGGCGGUGCUGGAAAGCUGGACAAGGGAUAUGCUAUGGGUGCUCUUGCUCUUCUGGCUGGAGCCGCGCUCCUUUAA